CUCGCGAGAACGGCAAUCGGCGCCGGCGAGCUGCCAUGGCCCGGCCGGGCCCGAGCUGGAGCCGCCUGGAGCGGCAGCAGGAGCGCGACGUGCGCGAGCUGGUGCGGCGGCUCAGCGGGCUGCGGGACGAGGCCGACCCCAACUUCCAGCUCGCCCUCAACUUCGCCUGGUCCAACUUCAGGUUUCAUCGUUUCUUGGAUGUCAACAGCCACAAAAUAGAGAAAACCAUUGAAGGAAUUUAUGAAAAAUUCAUCAUUCAUUCCGAUCUCAGCAAGGCUGCUAGCUGGAAGAGAUUAACUGAAAAAUUCCUAAAUUCUUGCCUGCCUGGCGUAAGUGAGACAAAGACAGACACACAUUACUCCCUGCUGUCGCUGCUGCUCUGUCUGUCUGAUUCUCCUUCAAACAGCACUUACGUGGAAACGCCAAGAGACGAAGAAGCGGAAAAGAAAGAUGAUUUUGACUGGGGAAAAUACUUAUUGGAAGGCGAAGAAGUUGACCUUGGUCCGAACGAGGACACGCCAGACUGGUCUGAAGACAGCGAAGAUGAAGACCAGCAGCCCCUAAGCAGAGAGGACUCCGGGAUUCAGGUGGACAGGACACCGUUAGAAGAACCAGAUUCAAGCAGAAAGCUGGGGUCUCGUGUCAGCUGGAAAGCAGAUGAGCCGGAUAGUCGGAGCUGGCUAGAGCAGCAUUUGGUCCACCAGUACUGGACAAGCAGACCCUCACGACCCCCUCACAGCCUGCAUUUACACUCCAACUUAGCUGCUGUCUGGGACCAGCACCUGUACAGCAGCGAUCCGUCGUAUGUUCCUGACGACAGCGUUCUGGUUACAGAGAUACAGGUUAUUCGAGAAACCCUGUGGUUACUUUCAGGGGUUAAAAAGCUCUUUAUAUUUCAGUUGAUAGAUGGAAAGAUCACCGUGAGAAACAAUAUUAUAGUAACACAUUUAACACAUAACUGUUUACGAUCUGUGCUGGAACAAAUAGCGGCGUACGGCCAGGUUGUGUUUCGCCUCCAGGAGUUCAUCGACGAAGUCAUGGGGCACAGCUCCGAAAGCGUCUUGCCUGGGAAUGGGUCUGCUUCUAAGAAGUCGACAGAAGCACCCUUCAGAACCUACCAGGCUUUCAUGUGGGCACUCUACAAAUACUUCAUUAGCUUCAAAAAGGAGCUUGCAGAAAUUGAGAAGUGUAUCAUCAAUAGCGACACUACAAUAACUCUUGCAAUAGUGGUAGACAAGUUGUCACCACGACUGGCCCAGCUCAAGGUCCUACACAAAGUGUUCAGCACUGGGGUAGCUGAAGUUCCACCUGACACUCGAAAUGUUGUCCGGGCAUCUCACCUGCUCAACACCCUGUACAAGGCCAUUCUUGAAUAUGACAAUGUUGGAGAAGCUUCUGAGCAAACGGUCUCUCUCCUGUUCUCUCUGUGGGUGGAAACAGUGCGACCCUACUUGCAGACAGUGGACGAAUGGAUUGUGCAUGGGCACCUGUGGGACGGCGCCAGGGAGUUCAUCAUCCAGAGAAACAAAAACGUUCCAGUCAAUCACAGAGACUUUUGGUAUGCAACUUACACGUUAUACAGCGUGUCGGAGAAGACAGAAAACGAAGACAAAAUGAGCGACAACGCCAGUGCCAGCUCCGGCAGCGACCAGGGGCCGUCCAGCAGGCAGCACACCAUGGUGUCCUUCCUCAAGCCUGUGCUAAAGCGGAUCAUAAUGGCCGGCAAGUCCAUGCAGCUGCUGAAGAACCUGCGCUGUGCCGAGAGCCCCGCGGGCCAGGCAGCAGCCCGAGAUGCGGAAAGGAAGAGCUUGUACACCCUCUUCCUGGAGUCGGUGCAGUCGCGGCUCCGGCACGGAGAAGAUGCCACGCCACAGGUGCUCACUGAGGAGCAGGCGGCCAAGGAGCAGCUCAUCAAGAUGCAGUCUAUUGCAGAAAGGCAUCUGGAGCUGGACGACACGCACGACCCGCUCCUGGCCAUUAACUUUGCGAGGUUGUAUUUGGAGCAGAGCGACUUUCAUGAGAAAUUUUCUGGCGGUGACGUGUGUGUUGAUCGGUCGUCGGAGUCUGUGACCUGCCAGACCUUUGAGUUGACGCUGAGAUCUUGCCUCUACCCUCAUAUCGAUAAACAGUAUCUGGAGUGCUGUGGGACUCUCAUGCAGACUCUCAAAAAAGAUUACAGGCUGGUGGAAUACCUACAGGCGAUGAGGAAUUUUUUCUUGAUGGAAGGUGGAGAUACCAUGUAUGACUUCUACACAUCCAUUUUUGACAAAAUACGAGAAAAAGAAACCUGGCAGAAUGUGUCUUUUCUUAACGUCCAGCUGCAGGAAGCUGUAGGGCAGCGUUACCCUGAAGAUAGCGCACGUCUGUCUAUAUCUUUUGAGAAUGUGGACACAGCUAAGAAGAAGCUCCCUGUUCAUAUCUUGGAUGGUUUAACUCUGAGCUACAAGGUUCCCUGGCCUGUGGAUAUUGUUAUAAGUUUGGAAUGCCAAAAAAUUUAUAAUCAGGUGUUCCUGCUCCUGUUGCAAAUAAAAUGGGCAAAAUAUAGUCUGGACGUUUUGUUAUUUGGUGAGCUGGCUAGUUCUGCUGAAAAACCACCGCUCAAAGAAGGCCUUCCAGGUGAACGCGACCUAGGCGCUGCGCUCGGAGCACAGAAAGAGCCACCAGUGAGACAGCAGAUCCACCGGCUGUUCCUGCUGAGGGUGAAGCUGAUGCACUUUGUGAACAGCUUGCACAACUACAUCAUGACCAGGAUUCUUCAUAGCACGGGGCUGGAGUUUCAGCACCAAGUGGAGGAAGCCAAGGAUUUGGACCAGUUGAUUAAAAUCCACUAUAGAUACCUGUCAACUAUCCACGAUCGAUGUCUGCUGAGAGAAAAGGUCAGCUUUGUGAAAGAAGCCAUCAUGAAGGUGUUGAACUUGGCUCUCAUGUUUGCAGAAGGUUGGCAGGCAGGCCUGGGGGCUUGGCGAAUGGAAUCUAUAGAGAAAAUGGAGUCUGAUUUUAAGAAUUGCCACAUGUUUCUUGUCACCAUUUUAAACAAAGCCGUCUGCAGAGGAUCUUUUCCGCAUUUGGAGUCUCUUGCUCUGUCCCUCAUGGCAGGCAUGGAGCAGAGUUAGGCGCCACCAGCGCCAGGAACACCUCCAACCUCACGUUCGUAGCCUGCGCGUUCCCACCGUGUGCAGCUGCAGAGCAGGGUCUGCUGUUCCCAGGGAUUGUGUAUAGAAUCAUGUACAUUCAAAAAUGUGUAAAUAAUGCAAAAUAUAUACAGGCUAUUUCCUACUUAUAUUAGCUAAAAUUUUAUGGUAUGGGUACCCUUAGAUAUAAAUUAUAUCAUCUUUUGAAACUAUUUAUAAAAAAAUAAAAGUACAUGAAAUUA